AUGACUGCUUUCAAUCCCCUUACUGCUAUUCUUACUCAAAACAAACUUGAGAGUCCUAAUUAUGUUGAUUGGAAACGAAACUUGGACAUUGUCCUAAUUGCUGAAGAGUACAAAUUUGUGCUCGAUGAGGUGUGUCCAGAAAAACCUGGAAAUGAUGCCAUGGAUGAUGAACAAAAGGCUUACCAGAAAUGGGUCAAGCCUGAUGAGAUGGCGCGGUGUUACAUUCUGGCAUCCAUGUCAAAUGUUCUGCAACAUCAGCAUCAGUCGAUGAAGUCUGCUUAUGACAUUCUGGAAAAUCUCAAAGAAAUAUUUGGAGAUCAGAAUCGUGCGGCUAAGCAGACUGGCAUGAAAGCUCUUCUGAAUACCAAAAUGGUUGAAGGUUCAUCAGUUAGGGACCAUGUUCUGAAGAUGAUGAGUCUUCUGAAUAAACUGGAGGUCCUUGGAGCUAACAUUGAUAAGGAUACGCAGGAACCAUCUACUACUCUUGGGGAUGCGGAUACUUCUCUUCCUCCUGAUUCCAGAGACGCUGCAGUUUAA